AUGUCUGACCUUCGACGAGUGCACCGUUUCCGCGACCAGGCCGUCGCAGGCAUCAACUGGCGACCAACCCGCUUUGUCGACGAGGUGCCCAGUCUGCGUGUGUGUUGCCUCUGCCGCAUGAUUCCCAAGACGGUACUGGCGCUUCCCUGCGGCCACCUCCUAUGCCAGUCGUGCCUCGCAGCCAGCUCCCAUGGAAGCGGUGGACGGUGUCCCUUGGAUCGAGAGCCGUUCAAAGAGGCGGAAUGUUCCACCUGUGAUUUGGCUACGAGAUCAGUGAACGCCUUGAAGGUUCACUGCUGGAAUGAUGGACAUGGAUGCAAAUUUGAGGGAGCCAUGGAGAUCAUGCUGCGACACUAUGAAAACGAAUGCACAUUCCACGCCGUGGAAUGUUUCCGAUGCGGCGAGCAAGUCCUGCACAGGGAACUGCCAACGCACUACGCCGCCGGAUGCAGUGCAGCUGUUUGUUUAACUAGCACUAAGGACACACCAUCGGUCUCUCAAGCCUUGACCCGCCAAGAUGUGACGGCUGCCCUCGUAGAACUUAAGACGCUGCUGAAGGGCGCCAAUCAGGAGCUGCUGCUACCUGCGAUUCAGAGUCAAAUAAAUGAGCUAACUGAACGGAUCAGGAACUUGGAAUCCACGUCGGCCACGAUCACUCAUGCUGUCGCGGCAACUGCAACGUCAGAUAUGGCUCGAAUCGAAGUGCCGAGUCCCUCGGCCUCGGUGAAGAGGGAAACUUCUCGGCAGAAUCCAACUGAAGAGGCAAGCACGUCGUCGACGUCCCGGUCCAGCUCGGGGGAGAAGUUGAUGCCUCAACAGCUGGGACCCCUUGUGGACUUGACACGAGAAGUUAUGAAAGGCAUGCGCAAAACUUCAUCGCAAGAUUAUCCUCAGCAUGCCAUUACUUAUGUCCGUGGGAAUGCUCGAUGUCAAUUAGAGUUAGGUGGGAUGUUGCCAACAGCAGUUACGUGGAGGGAAGUACGUGGAACCAUGAAAUAUAUUCUGACGCUCGAAAAUUUUUUUUACUCGUCGCUCAGCGCACACAACCUGGCUGAUGCCACAGUGUUGCACACAAGGGACGCGUACUUGACAUUUAAACUUUUCGGCAGUUUCGCUGACCUUCGUGUGGAUAUUACGUUUCAUGGCAUGCGUGGAGAAUCUAAAAUUGUCGGACACUCCGCCAUGCCGGACAGCGGAAGGGUGCAUCGUUUUCGCGACCACGCCGUUGCAGGCGUCAACUGGAGAGCGACGAAGUUCGUCGACGAGGUGCCCAGCUCACGCGUGUGCGCUCUCUGCCGCAUGAUUCCGAAGCGGACUGUGCUGUUGCCAUGCUCGCACGCUCUGUGCCAACCGUGCCAUGUGGCCAGCUGCCAAGGUGCCAGUGGGCGGUGCCCCUUGGAUCAAAAGCCGUUUGACGGAGCGGAGUGCGUCACUUAUGACUUGCCUGCCAAGAAAGCGGCAGCCAUGAAGGUUCGCUGCUGGAACGAAGCCCACGGAUGCCAGUUUGAGGGUGCAGUGGAAGACAUGCUGGGACAUUUCGAGGAGGACUGCGCAUUUCAGCCCGUGGAAUGCCUUCGAUGCGGAGAAGCAGUACUGCACAGCGACCUACCGUCACACUACGUAGCCGGAUGCAGUGCCAGUGUUCCUCCAGCGGGCACAGUGAACCCGUCACCGGAAUCCACAGCGCUGCUGCUCCAGGAGGUGUGUGCCACACUCGAACAAUUGAAGGCACUUGUCAAAUACGCUAACCAGGAGCACAUUCUGCCUGUGGUUCAGAGCCAGAUGAACGAGCUCGCGGAGCAGGUCAGGAACCAGGAACGCAGGUUAGCCGAGAUGACUCGCGAAGUGGGUGCGUCUGUAGCGCAGAUUGUCCAUGAGGUUGGGGUAUCUGAGGGAAACAUAAAGGCAGAAAUUGUUCAAGCCGCGGCCACGAUUUCCUCGACGACGUCGGAAGAUCUGCCGUCGCGGCGAAAUACGCCCGUAGAAUCCAACACAUCGUCUUCUUCCUACUCUGAGAUGGCGGUGACGACAACUCGCAGGGUGGAUUACUUCACCAACCUGCCACCAGUGGUCCUGGCGAAUAUGCGAAAAGCUUCCUCUAGUGAUUAUCCUCAGUACGCCAUCACUGAUUGUGGCGAUAUGAACGUGAAAUGUAUUUUAUGGUCAAAUCUUUUAGUUCGAGUGAAACAAGGAUGGAGGGAAUGUCAUUACCGCCUUCGAGCCCGCGUAAUCGGACUCAUGGAAAGCUUUAUGCACCUCACGAAGUCUAGCAGUCAGUGGCACCGGGACUGGCCCCCAUUCCACCAAGCGAUAAUGCCAAGUGGUGACGUCAUCAUGUGA